CAUUAUAGAUGACAAAUAGAAAAUAUGUCCCAAUAGAUAUUAGUAUUUGUUUCUAGUAUGAUUAUUUUCUAACUUUUCCAAUUUCAUUUUUAACGAAUUAUUAUGAACAACCUUCUAUAUUUUAUUCAUAUAUUCUAGAGACAAAUGAUAAGCAGACAUAUACCACACGUUUAAGAAAAAAUCAAGGUCUCUAAUACAUUAAAGUAAUGCCACUUAUCCCUUCCUUCUUUACUUUAUUUAUUUUAUUUAUCUAUGAACUUCUUCUUUGUUGGUUAAUUAAAGUUUAUUUUGACGUCAACAAAGUUUAAAUACAUGCGAUGUCGUUUGGAAAAAAGCUUGUUUAUGAUUGAUAGUUUUGGCCAAGAAAAAAAAAAGAAAGACGCAUGAUACCCUAUUGGCUAUUAAUCAAUAAAAUAUAACUAUUAGCUUCUGCUGGCUUUCGAGAAAAGGGAUCCCAAUUUCACCCAAAAUCAGGCUUUCGCAGACAAAAAACCCUCUCUCUCGACUUUCCCAUUCCCGUUCAAGAAAAGCACAAGCCCCAAUUUCUUGCUUUGAGUCCCGAUUCCUCGCUCCUUCUUCAAUUUCUUUCGUUGCUGCUAUUCUUCAAAUCUGGACACGAGGAGAAGAACAGAGUUGUUGCUGCUAAACUUCAAAUCUGGAAACGAGGAGAAGAACAGAGUUGCUCUGAACCGAAUUGACUCAGGUGCGUCUUCACAGUUUCAUGUGCUGCUACCUUGAUGAAUAGGUGAUAGUAUACCAAUCUGAUUCACUUAAGUGUUGAAUUUUUUAUUUGGGGCAAUGUUAAUGUUGACAUUUGAUUGUAUACCAAUUUGUUUCGAAGGAUAAAAGUUGGUAGGUGCUGAAUUUACAUUGAUUUUGUUGUUGGUAGGUGCUCAAGAUGAAUAAAAGUUGGAUGAAUAAGCCAAGAACUAGCAAUGAAUAUCAGAAUGGCAUAAAAAAUUUUCUUGCACUGGCAUUUGGUUCACCAUGUUCUCAAGAUGGUAAAAUUCUGUGUCCAUGUAAGAAUUGUUGGAAUCGUUAUUGGCUAUCUCAAAGUGAAGUAGAGAAUCACUUAAUAUGUGUUGGAUUUAUUCCCAAUUACACUCAUUGGAUUUUUCAUGGGGAGAGUACAUUUCAUGCCUCAUCUCCCGUGGAUACUUCAGGACAAGGCCAUACAGAUACAAAUACUGGUGUGGACGAUUUGUUGAAUGAUAUAAUCAUGGGUGUCGAUUCAGGAGUAUCAGAAGAAGAACCGAAUGAUGAGGCUCAAAAGAUUUUCAAGUUAUUGGAAGCAAAUCAAACCGAACUCUAUCCGGGGUGUUCAAGUUCCAAGCUUUCUUUUAUCAUCAGGUUGUUUCAACUAAAGUGUCUUGGAAGGUGGUCCAUCAACUCAUUCAGCAAACUGUUAGAACUUUUGACAGAAGUACUUCCAGAGGGAGCAACUUUACCAGAAUCUUACUAUGAGGUACAUAAACUCAUAUCAGAUUUAGGUCUCAGCUAUCAAACGAUUGAGGCUUGUCCUAAUGAUUGCAUGUUGUUUUGGAAAGAGCAUGAAAGUGAGUCUAAGUGUCUUGUUUGUGGAGCUGAUAGAUGGAAAGCCCCAGAAAGUGAUACUGUUGGUUCUUCAAGGAAAAAGAAAAAGAACAUUCCUAUUAAGAAACUUUGGUACUUUCCUAUAGGAAAGAGACUGCAGAGGUUGUUUAUGUCCUCAGAUACAGCUUCCUUCAUGCGUUGGCAUAAAGAAAGUCGUACAAAUGAUGGAAACUUAAGGCAUCCUGCGGAUUCUCCUGCCUGGAAAACUUUUGACUUCAUACAUCAGGAUUUUGCUUCUGAACCUCGCAAUGUUAGAUUGGGAUUAGCUGCUGAUGGUUUUAAUCCAUUUCGGUCAAUGACUUCAUCACACAGCACAUGGCCAGUUGUUUUAAUGGCUUAUAACUUGCCUCCUUGGUUAUAUAUGAAACAACCAUACAUGUUUUUAUCUUUACUCAUUCAAGGACCUUCAUCUCCUGGGAACGACAUUGAUGUAUAUCUGCAACCUUUGAUUGAAGAGCUACAAAACUUAUGGAAUGAAGGUAUAGAGACUUAUGAUGCAUCUUUGAAGCAAAAUUUUAGAAUGAGGGCAGCUGUGUUGUGGACUAUCAGUGACUUUCCAGGUUAUGCAAUGUUAUCUGGUUGGAGCACCAAAGGUCAUUUGGCAUGUCCUUCUUGUCAUAAGUACACUCACUCCAAGUGGUUGAGGCAUGGUAGAAAGUUCUGUUACUUGGGUCAUCGAAGAUUUCUCCAUGCUAAUCAUGUGUUUCAAAGAUAUAAGGAAUCUUUUGACAAUACCCAAGAAUUCAGAGAUGCUCCUAAACCAUUGUCUGGAUCAGAGGUCUUACAGGAGCUUGAAGGUAAACAAGUUAUAUUUGGUAAGUCGAGCGAGAAUGAUCCUUUACCUCAUAGUUGGAAAAAGUGUAGUAUAUUCUUUGAACUACCAUAUUGGAAGGACAAUAUUCUGAGGCAUAACUUAGAUGUUAUGCAUAUCGAAAAGAACGUUUGUGAUAACAUUCUUUGGACAUUGCUCAAUGUCAAUGGGAGAUCAAAGGAUAAUGUCAACUCUCGAUUAGACAUGCAAUUAAUGGGGAUAAGAAGAAAUCUACAUCCGACAAGGCAUGUUUCUGGCAAGUUACGUGUACCUAUAGCAACUUUCAGGCUCAAUACUAAGGAGAAGGAUACUUUCUUUAAGGUGUUAAAGAGUGUUAAAGUACCUGAUGGCUAUGCUGGUAACAUAGCUAGAUGUGUGAACUUAAAGCAGCGCAAAAUUUAUGGUCUAAAAAGUCACGAUAGCCAUAUUUUGAUGCAGCAGAUUCUUCCUUUGGCAUUAAGAAGAAUAUUGCCUAGAUCAAUUAGCAAGCCACUGAUACUAUUAUGCUCUUUCUUCAAGGAAUUGUGCUCAAAGGUUGGUCAGUUAGAGAACUUGAAUAAUUUAGAAGCACAGAUUGCUGACACUCUAUGCCAUUUAGAAAGGAUCUUCCCUCCAUCAUUUUUUGACAUCAUGAUCCACUUGACUAUUCAUUUGACAUAUGAAGCUAAAUUAGGCGGGCCAGUACAAGCACGACGGAUGUAUCCAGUUGAGCGGUUCUUAUCCACAUUGAAGUCAUAUGUUGGUAAUAAAGCUAAGCCAGAAGGUUCUAUUGCAAAUGGAUAUAUUGCGGAAGAGUGUUUAACAUUUUGCUCAAAAUAUUUACAUGGAGUUGAGACACGAUCAAAUCGCCCAUCGAGGAAUGAUGAUAACUUAGAUUCUGAGAAUGGUACACAAGAUGCAUCAACAAUCUUUCCAAAGAUUGGCCGCUCUAUAUUGCAUGAGGAUAUUGUUGAUUUGGGUAACGAACUUCUAGCCAAAGCACAUCACUAUGUGCUCACGAACUGCAAUGACGUAGCCGUUUUUAUUGAGGAACACUUGAGUUUGUUAAAAAGUCAAUACCCACGUAAAACACCUCAUGCCGUUCAAGUGCUUCACAAUUCCACUUUUCAACCUUGGUUUGCCCAGAAGGUAUAUGGAGACAAUCUGAAUAUAUCUCCAGAAAAGCUACGGGAGUUGAAACGUUUGGCACGACCACCAAAUAGUGUCGCCAAAAGCUUUAAGGGGUUCAUCAUCAAUGGUUUCAGGUUUCACACGCGUGAGUUGGAGAAAACCAGGAAAACACAAAACUGUGGAGUGAUGGUAACUGCAACCACCCAAAGUUUUGCUAGUGCUAGAGAUCAUAAUCCAAUCUAUAGCGACGUAAGUUAUUAUGGCAUUAUUGAAGAUAUAUUGGAAUUGGAUUUCAAUGCCGGAAAUAAGGUAGUCUUGUUCAGAUGUGAUUGGGUAUCAACUGGUAGAGGGUUGAAGUGUGAUGAACUGGGUUUCACCUUGGUUAACUUUUCAAAUCGAUUGAGUGAUAAAGACCCUUUCAUUAUGGCUUCCCAAGCCCAGCAAGUGUUUUACGUAAGAGAUCCAAUCGAUACGAACUGGCAAGUUGUUAUAAAAACUAAGCCUAGAGAUCUGUAUGAUAUGGGCGAAGAAGAGGUCACUGAUGUUGAUGCUGAUGUUGUUUUUCAAAGCAGUGAGGAUGUAUUUCCUGAGGAUAUUCCAAAUACUAGAUUGUUGGAUCCAAGUCACCUGUUAAUGGUAGGGAAAUACCAUAUUGUUGGAUCCAGUGGCGGAUACAUGGAUCAUUAGGGGUGUCCCGGGACACCCCUAAAAUUUGAGAUAACGAUUAUCCAACCUCAAAUAAUAGUUUCGUAUGGAUAAAAAAAAUUAUAAUCAGUAAUCCGGGACACCCCUUCCUAACCUGCAACUGGACGGGUAUGGGUAUCAUGGUACCCGCCCCGAACCUGGCCAUUGCCAAUUCCUAAGGACAUCUACAACAAACAAAAUAAAAAAUUACUUCCAGUCGGAUCAUUUCCCAUUAUGGAUCCAACAAGAUAAUUAGGUAUUAAAAUAUGAAACUGGCGGGCUCUUGAAAACUUUGAAGAAUUAAAAACUGAAAAAGCAGCGGGAAAGACUUAAGGAAAACUUUCAAACUCAAUCACCAAAAAAAACCUAAUAACUCCCGGCUGAGUCACGUCCCUCUGUCCAUAUAUUUUAAUCCCGAUAACAAGAGUCUCAAAGGAGGUAAACCAGAGAAGUAAAGAAGCCGCAUCUUGUGGCUUAGUCGACUGAAUUCCGAAGUCGCAGCAAAACAAGUACCGUUAUUGAUCGUCACACUCCAAGUAAUAAACUCAUCAAAGCUAGUCUUUGAUUCUAAUCGGUUUAAAUUUUUCUAACAGAUUAUGACUCGUUCGAGAUCUCAUUCGAUUCAAAGGGGGGUUCAUGAUUGCAAUCAAAAUCAUGAUAGUGUUAUUCCGGGUAGGCUUAUCUUGCUCUCGUCUAUAUUAUCAUCAAUGGCGUUGUCAAUCUAAUGAAACCUCCCUUUCAUAUGUUUUGCUUUACUGGGUUAGUUGUCGAAUUCAACUACAGGCUUGAUCUUUAUUUGGUUUGGUUGCUUCGUGACCUGUCAACCAUAUAUUAUUGUUACUCUAAUAAUUGAGCAAGGGGCAUUCUAAUAAAACAAGAAGAUGAAUAAAGGUCAUCACAUUUAUGAAUCAUGAAGUCACAGCUUCUUUUUAUGAGUAAACUGAAGACUUGCUUAAAUUUAGAUUAUACUUUUAUCACAGCAUCAUCACAGGUCAAAAGAAAAAGAGGUACAACUAGGUGCAAGGAGAUUUGGGCUUUAUCGAAGGGAGAAAAGGUUCAUGUUCGGAUCAAUAGAUAUGGCCAACCAGUUGGUAGCAAAGCUAAGAAAUUGGGCUACUUUUUGGGUACUUUAGCCAGAAACGGAGCCUAUGCACCUCUUAGAUAUGCCGAUUGGAGGAACAUGCCCGCUCAUUACAAAACUGAAAUGUGGGAUUUAGUACAGGUAUGCGUAUCCAGUCACUUAUUAGAUAAUAUCUUUAAUUUCAUUAAUUAGUCUAAACUGAUUGUUGUUAAUUUAUAUAUAGGAAAAAUUUGACAUUGAUCCAUUAGUGGAACCAUGGAUAAUGAGUUCCUUAGACAGCAAGUGGAGGAAUUUCAAGAAUAAAGUAAAAAAUAGCUGGUUCGGGAAGAAAGAACGUGAUGGAAGAGUACUCAAUGAUGAUUGGACAUGGCUCUUGGAAUUUUGGAGUAGUAACAAAGCUGUGGUAUGGCUCAUAUAAUUAAUUAAUUAAUUAAUUAAUUAGAUCCUCAGUUUGUUUUAAUUAGUACGAUUUUGGGUUUUUAUCAAUAUAACAUAGUAUACUUGUUUACAAUUAUAGAGAAGGGCAAUUGUGGCUAAGGAAAACAGGAGCAAAGUGAAAUCAGCACACACUUUGGGUACGAAAAGUUAUGCUUGCAAGAGAGACGAAAUGGUAAUAUAACUCACAAUUUCUUUAGUGAAUAGUACAAACAACUAUAUACUUUGAACUUAAAUGCAUUUUAAGUUAUCAUUUUUCAUUUAUGGAUAACAUUACAGGCAGAGUCUACACCGGAUAAGGUAGAGCCAACUCCAGCUCAGGUUUAUGUUGUUGCUCAUGUGCGUAAGAACGGGACUCCAUUGAAUGCUCAAGUGGCCCAAGUUAUUGUAAGUAUUAUAUAAUUGAGUACAUAUAUGCAUAAUCAAUAAUUUUAACAGUGCACUUUUUAUUAAAUAUGGCAUUAGUAGACAAUGACUUCCAAAAUGUACAUAUGCUUCUAGGAAAAAAUAAAUGAGCCGUCUUGUGUUGAUGGUCCUGGAUCGCAUGAUAGAUUGUCACAAGCACUCGGUGAAGACAAGUAUAAUCCUUCAAGAACAUAUGGAUUAGGGGCAUACGUUAGUCUCAAAAGCUUCAUUUCAGAAUCAAAUUUUUUGUCUCCAAAAGUAACAUUAGAAGCAGAUAAUUUUGUCUUACAAAAUGUAGUUUACGACAGAUAUAAAUGUUUCCAUAAACC